AUGGAACGAACCCAAAUGUGGAUGUUUUGGGGAUCCCAGAGUUGCCUGGGGUGUGCAGAAUACCUUGCAUGGAGUCACUAUGUGUGCGAUGCGACACCAGAAGGGGAGGGUUUUCAGUUUCCUUUCGUGGGCAUCUGGACCAAGACGGCUGUUUUGGCCCAAGCAGGUGACACAGCUCAAUCUUUGUGGGAGCGUUACCAUGCCGGGGAGGAGACUUUUGAACUCCUUGCGUUGCAGAGGGUUGCCUCGGGCGUUACCCGUGCGCAGCUCAUCCCAAGUCAUGCCCAUGGGACCCUCAUCAGUGACUCAUCAGGCUGGCCCUGUGUCGUGACGGCAUCACGCUAUGGAGGGAGUGGCAGCGGGGCAGCUGUACCUGGGUGGAACCCUGGACAGGCUGCGGAGGAGUCGUGCGGGCCAACGACGAUCGCCGACGAGCAGGAGACGCGGUGCGGCGCAUCCUGGGUGCCGUGGAAUGCAGACGUGGAGGUGACUUCUGCCCCUUCUGCGGCUCCUCUGACGACGAGCAAUGAGUCGGUCCAGUCUGGGGAUGUCGAGGGGGUGGUCCGGGGAGGUUAUAAGGCACGGGAGAGUGCUGGAACCAGAUCAUCUCCAUCUACAUUCUCAGCCCUGGCUCAACUAGGACUCGCGGUUGCUGCCGGUGCCAUGGCGAGCGGCAAAGGAAGGUACGCUCUUGAGGCCGCGGGUGAAGCAAGCACCUGGGACCCAGUGGAAGUGAGGCAACACUUCGGGUUAGCUGAUGAUAGUGACCUCGCCUAUGCUUUCGAGAACUACCAGGACGCCAUGUCGGCAGGUGGGCUUGCUCUGGCGGCGCAAUGGGCCUCAGCCCGGUCCAAAGCUGAUGAGGGGCUGCUGGCGGCUGGAGCAAGGGCGGUCGAAGACAGUGGCGCUGGCUCAGCAAGAGAUCGAGUCCCUAAGCUGACCGUGAAGCCAAUGAUCCAGCGGAGACAGGGAGUGACCCUGUCUACCAACAGGUACGGGCCUGAUGCAGUGGUGCAGAGGGUGGAGUCCCUUGCGCAGUGUUUCGAAGAAAUGUCUGUGCAGAGGCCGGCCCAUAAGGUGACCGAGGCACGGCUGGAAGAGUGGAGGAAGCAGUUGCGGCGGUUGUCACAACAGAAAGUCACUCAAGCCGAUAGCCAGACGAUCAUCAACGCCAUCCGCACCUGGAAAGAGCUGGCGCAUUACCAGGAGGACAGGGGCCUCGAAGUGGUCGAGGACUUGGACCUGGCAUCAUUCGUUCAGGAUGGCACAGACGGCCCAGCGAGGGCCCUGGCUUCUCUGAAGUGGCUCAACAAAGCAGGCACUAUGGGGUGGAACCUCACCAACAUCCAGCUUCCAGUGGCACCCAAUGUGAGGACGCGGAAGCGGCAGCAGGCAGUGGUUGCCGAGCCAGGCAUGAUCCCCUUCUUGGAGGGAAAGCAGGCACACUCCAGGAAUGGAUUUACCUGGUCAGCCCCGGCCGAGUUCACCAAUGGUUUUCCGUGGGCUCAGAGAGUGAUCGAUGCCAUCAAAGAGCUGCCCGAAGAGAAGCAGCAGACCUGUGGUAUGGCCUUUGACGGGGAAGGGAUCCCCUAUCCUAUCUCGGAGGUCCAGAAGAAGGCCCAGCUCCUUUUCGAGAACCAUGUCGAUGAUGCAAGGAAUAUCACAACAUACACAUGGCGACGGGUAGCACCUACGGUGGGUUUGCUCUCGACCUUCACGGACUUGGAGCUGAACGCAUUAGGAGACUGGAUGAAGCACAUGGCCUAUGCCAUCAUGGCCAAUUUGACCAAGUUUGAGUCUUGGGAAGUGAUCCCAAUGGAUGAUCUGCAUGCUGCAGUGGUGCAGGCAGAAGCAACGGUUGCCAAGAAGAUCAACCAGGACGUGGUCACUAAAUGGCAGGCGAAGGCAUCGCCAACCUCGGUGAAGAGGUCAUUCAACUUCGUUCAGCAGGCCCUCGUGCAGAGAGAUAAGGCCAAGGAAGAGGCCGCUAGGGCAGGCCGCCCGGCAAUGCCCCCGGCCAUAGGGGGGAAGUUGCUCACUAAGUUCCUGAGGAACGGGACCCCACUAUGCGCCCUCUUUCAGUCUGGGAAGUGUGAGGAGGAGCAGUGCCCGGAAGCCCACGUUUGUGCCGUUGUAUCCAGAACUGGACGGGCAUGUGGCGGCAAACAUAGUGCCCACGUCUGCUGGACGAAGAAGGCUCGAUUGGCGGAGGGUACCGUCACAUCUCCGGUGCUACCGCAUCCUUCCACUCAGGAAGAGGCCACGGUACAGGCAGUACCAGGCGGCACAUCAUCGAGCUCCUCAGAAAGCAUAGUUCCAUUGGCCAAGCGGGCAAGGAGACAAGAAGCGCCGGUAACCCCACCAAAGGCCGGGGCGCCGGUGACGCCGCCGAAGGCGCCUGCGGUGGCUCCUGCCCAAGCUAAAGCGGCACCGAAGCUGCAGCCGCAACCAAAGGCCAAGAGAACAGCAGCAGCGGGUGGCGCCUCCACGCCCAAGCAGCCGCCGGUGGCGAAGGCAUCGUCAUCCAGGCCUGCGCUUGAGGUCCAUGAGUCGGGGAUGGUGAUUGAGCGGCCAGCGCACAUCCCGGCGGACGAGGACUUCGUGCUACCUCCUAUGCCGGCAACCCUGAAUCCACCCCAAGAAGAAGUUAUUUGGGAUCGCCUUGCAACGAUCAAGGGGAAGUAUGCUCAGGCCCCAACCAAGGUUCUGGAGAUGAGUUCAGGGGGCCAGUUGUGGCUGGCAGGGCUCCCAACGGCAGCCAACAAACAUCGGUUCCCACCGGCCACCCUGCAGAUCGCAUGCUUCACGGAGAGGCCAGAGGCGCGGAAUGGAGUGGUGCUGCCCAACGCGCUGCUGAGGCGAUUCCCUGUGGCCGUGGCAUCAGAGCGUGCAGAAGCGUGGAAGGAGUUAUGGCCUUUGGUUCUACAGUCCUUGUACUGUGGCGAAGUCAUCGUCACGCACUGCAUUGCGGGUCGCCACCGAGCCGGAGGAGCCACAGCUUUGAUCAGGGCGGUGAUGAUGGGUGAGACCUUUGAGGUCGCUUCGGACUGGAUAGCCCAGAGAAGAGACACCGAUGUGCCUGGCUUCUGCAGAGACAAAGAGGCCGCCAAGUGGCUGCAGGAAGCCGUGAAGAACACGAAGCGGAGGGACCGCUGGCCACGCCCAUCGGGAUAUCUGGCAACUCCGAGGAGCGCACUCCAUUUGCAGGGCUUCAAGCAUGUGCCGCUAUGCAUGCACCACCAGAAGUCGGACAAGGCCCAGCGCUUGACGGACCCAAUGUUCACCGAGGAUGGCGAUGAGGCAGUGCGGACCGACCGUGGUGCAGAGCUUGCUUGGCCCGCGCCCCAGCAUCAUGGCUGCCACGCGAUGCAGGUUCCGAGUGAGUGUAGCAGAGCAGGGCAAGUGACGCCACCUGAAAGCAGGGAGGUCUGUGUCUUCAGCUUUUGCUCAAGACAGCCUAGGAUCCCCAGCCGGGGUCGGGUGAAAGAGCUGCUGCAUGAGGGGCAGUUGCCAGCAGGGGCCAUCUAC